AUGAUAUUUACAGCGAUAGUGAACCUCGUACACCAUGCGGCUGAUAUUUGGAGGGCAGGAUGGACAAUUGAGACAUGCAGUUGUAUUCUCGCGCUCCUCUCCUUAUCAGGCAUGAUUGCUACACUCUGGAAACACCAGGAUCAGCCUUUACCGGCUUGGCCGCAGAUAAUGUCCAUUAACGCAAUCGUCUCACUCUUCUCGUUGAUCAUGCGAGCUGCCAUUGGCGUGGUGGUCGCUGAAGGUAUCAGUCAGUCAAAAUGGCAGUGGUACCGGCGAGCAAGAAGAUUAGAUGACCUACAGCGCUUUGACGCCGCUAGCCGUGGUAUCUCCGGAUCAGUUUUACUGUUACUCAAUUUUCGUCUGAACAGGCCCUACUUUGUCGCUGCAUUGGGCGCAUUGAUUACUCUAAUGGCAUCAUUAAGCGGUUUCACUUCCCAACAGUUGAUUCGAUUCGAGUCUUGCCUACAACGGGACCCAAGUGCUUCUGCAACCGUAUUAAAAGCUAAUCGCUUUGCUGGCAGGGGCGAAGAAAUGUCGUCAUCACCCUUUCGAUGGACAGAUUACGCCCCCAUGAGCGCAGCUAUUCAAGCGGUAAUGUUUCAAUCCUCACAGGACUACACAGCUACGCUGUCGAAAGGAUGCUCUACGGGUAAUUGCACGUUUCCUUCAUUUCAAGGUGCAGCAUUUUCUACGGUGGCAAUAACGCAUUCAUGUGAAGACGUCACCGACAUGGUUAGAGCAACACCUGCCUUUGCCAUUGAAGACUACCAAAAUGGAACCAUUAUAAGGACCCCAAGGACAUACAAGCUCCUGAACGGCACCGAAGUUCAAGCAGUCAAACUGAACUUGACGACAAUCUCGGGAGGCGAUCUUUAUCAGAUGACUGGGACUUCGGACAACUUUGACGACAAUUUUGCUACUACCUAUGACGAUUAUGUUGACAAACUUGGUAGCAUCGUAUUGUUGGUAAAACCGGAUGAGGACCGGUUUUGGGAAUACCUUGCGGUCCGAUGCUCUUUCUCCCCAAGUGUUAAUACAUAUGCAGUUACUAUCAAAAACGCUGUCCUGGAAGAGAAUCUAAUCGAAAGUACACCGAUAGGGACGAACAUAUGGUGGACUUGGGGUGGCCAUUCUGGGGGUGCAGACACACUGUGGGACAGGUGGCAAUACAAACUCGCACGAAAUUCGACUCUAAGGAACGGCACCCCUACAGAAUGUCGUGGCGGGGAACUUGACAGAAACACCGAAGUGCAAGACUUUAUCACAACAGUUGCUCCUAUCAACAUCGAAUUUGCGCCUUCGGUUGAAAUGACAAGCGAUCCCAAAAACCUAAAAGACAGACAAUCUUAUCCCCAGGAUUGUGUAUGGGGUAUACACGAGGGAUCCAUUGCAGGCAUCAAUCUUCAGCUUCAAAGACUGUUCGCCAACCAAUCUAUUCAAGGCAAUCGUCCCGGGCCCGAAACACCCACCCAUCUACGCCAGCUGUUCGCCGAGGGCAACAUUACUCUGGCAACUGUAAAUGAAUUCAUGGCACGUCUCAGCACUGCGAUGACCAACGUCAUGCGUAUACACGGGGACGAGGAUCCUUCGGCUUAUGUUAACGGCACGAUACUUUACUCUACGACGUGCUUGCGGAUUACCUGGCUUUGGAUUACCUUUCCUACUACGAUGAUUGGCUCGGUUUUCAUCUUCUUGGUGUUUGUGUGCAUGGAAAACAGGAGUGUGCCUAGAGACAGACUGUGGAAAAGCUCCAUACUUGCGGUACUGUUCUGUGAGGUCGACGUUCCAGCGAUCAACGGGUCACGGACACUUACAAGACGCGACAUGGAAGAAGUGGCCGGAUCCACGAGCGUGAGCCUAGAUAAGACAAAUGAUACGUUAAGGCUCAUCUCAAGGUAG